AUGGUUCAGCGUCAGUUAGAUGUAUUUACUCAUGUUUCUUACCAGCUUCGUGCAUUUUCUCCUAGAGCUAUAGGAUACAACACCAUGCAAAACCAUAGUAAUAUUGUAUUUCAUUUUUCAGGAAUCCCCGAUCCAAAUAUUAUUCAUGGGGAACUGACAGUUGAACUACUUUCUUCUUUUCGACUCGAUUUAUUAGAUGGAGGCGCAUUAUAUAACAAACUAAUAUUAACUAACAGAAUAUUCCGUAAAAUUAAUAAAGAUUCCACAAAGUUUGCUACCAUAGAUGAAGUCGAAUGUUGGACUGGUAUUUCUGCUUCAUGGAGAUGGUAA